AUGAACGAGCACCGGCCGCCUCCUCAAAGACGUCCUGUAUCUGCAGUCCUCAUGGAGGAUCUUCCUGAUCGCUUCCCUCCCACAGACCCUCAAGCAUGGGGCCUCAAGUCCGUCACAGAAAGCAUCCCCACCAUUAAAGUGGACCUCGCCUCACCGCAGAGCCCAGAGUCCGUCAACGUGGUGGACGAGUUCAGCAAGAAGGGAAGCCAGCCGAAGGAGGAGGAAGGCGGCCUGACCAUGAAAGUCCCCUCUCCUGCGAAGCAGAGGAAGGACAAAACUCCUGACGAGGAGCCGCAGCAACGUUUAAUGCGCUGCCUGAGUGACCCGGGCCCCGCCGCCGAAGAGGAAGAUGAGGACGAGCCCUUCCUCCCCUGAGAGAGCAGCCGUCUGUCGUAAGGAGGAUGAACGAGCACCGGCCGCCUCCUCAAAGACGUCCUGUAUCUGCAGUCCUCAUGGAGGAUCGUUAACUGCUGAAACACGAGGACAGAUAUAUCAUCUGUUGCAAGCCAAAACGAGAAUGACAGGAAAAUGAACCAAAAUAAAGGAAAUGAAAGGAAAGGAAGCGAUCAAAAUAAGCCAUUUAUUUAUUUUUUUGCUUGUCAUUGUUCUUAUCAUGUGAAGCCUAACAACUGUCCUCACCAGGCAUGAUGUGACUCAUAUCCUAAGCGAUGAGAGAUUGUCAUUGAGCACCAUCAGGUUUAUUAUUUGUGGUCACAUCAUGUCCGGUUCGGAAGCAAAUGUUCCCAUCCAGCGUUUGCUAUGGAAUAAUAAUAUUCCACACGAGGGGAACAGAUCUAUGCAUAACCAAACGGUCGCACUGUUCAGUCUAUUCAGGUGAAACACUUCUGUUGUUGUUUUCAUAGCAUUGAUGCAUUUUCUAGUUCACGAUGAUUUUGUGUUCAUUCACAUGAAUUGCCUUUGUUUUUGUGACGCGUGCAUCACUAGUUGUGUUUUACCUCCUGGGGAAUUAGACUAAUUUAUCAGGAGCAAUAUGAAACUGGUUAAAUUAUGGCCGUUCUCAUAUUUAUUAUACAGAUGGUGCGUGUUUACACGGGCUUAUUAUUUCGUCCCACUCAUGGAGGACCAUUCAAGUCAUGCUCUAUUUGCAGUGCACAUAACAAACCUGAGAAACAACUAUUUACUCAUUGUGAUUGCACAAGAGAUUUACACAUGUAAAGACUUUAUUUUACACCAAAAAGGUUGCUUGACCAGUUUGAUUGGUUGUGAUUGUGUUUCCUGUUGUCUUUGCUUGUACUUUAUAUCAAAGAACAUUUUGGUCUAAUAGUCUUCAAUUCCCUUUAAAUGCACUCAAUGCACUCAAGUCAUGACCACUCUGGAAAACAUCUGGACCGAUGAAUCAGUAAACCUUGGUUUAAAGGGAUAGUUCAUGCAGAAAUGACAGAAUUCUGUCUUUUUUUUACUCUCCUUUGUUUCAUUCCAAACCCAUAUGCUAAUUUUUUUCCAUGGAAAGACAAAUGUUGAUCUUCACACAGCUCAUUUUCCUUAGUGACCCCAUCUGUUGAUCUCCGAAAAAAGGACAAAAAAAGCAUCAUAAAAGUAUCCAAACUGUCAUCUGUAUAAUUUUGUACAUUAUAUUCCAAUUCUUCUGGAGUCAUACAAUUAUAGAAGCCCAUUUCUGCCACAAAAAAUCAUGGUAAAUCAU